CACAGUCAAAACGUUCCCCAGUCUCGCCUCCUGCGGGAACCUUUGUUUUUCCGCUCUCGGAGCGGGCUGGUGGUGUUGGGACCGGUUCGCCAGGCCACUGACAACGGACGGAGCGGCUGGGCGGAGCGGUGUUUGGGAUGGCUGCUGCAGUGAACUUGGAACUUGAUCCCAUUUUUUUGAAAGCACUAGGCUUCUUACAUUCAAAGAGUAAGGAUUCUGCUGAAAAGCUAAAAACACUACUUGAUGAAUCUUUGGCUCGGGGCAUUGAUUCAAGUUACCGUCCAUCUCAAAAGGAUGUGGAGCCACCCAAAAUUUCAAGCACAAAAACUGUUUCUGUUAAGCAAGAGCCCAAAACAUCAUCUAGUCUUCCUUCUGGCAAUAAUAAUGGCAAGGUCCUUACAACUGAGAAGGUAAAAAAGGAAGGUGAAAAGAGACCUGCUGAUAAAAUGAAAUCAGACGUCACUGAAGGAGUUGAUGUCCCAAAGAAACCUAGACUGGAGAAGCCAGAGACACGGUCCUCUCCCAUCACUGUCCAAACCAGCAAGGAUUUAGCCAUGGCUGACCUUUCCAGCUUCGAGGAGACCAGCGCUGAUGAUUUUGCCAUGGAGAUGGGAUUGGCCUGUGUUGUUUGUAGGCAAAUGACAGUGGCAUCGGGUAACCAAUUAGUAGAAUGUCAGGAAUGCCAUAAUCUCUACCACCAAGAUUGCCAUAAGCCCCAGGUGACAGACAAGGAAGUGAAUGACCCUCGCCUUGUGUGGUAUUGUGCCCGAUGUACCAGACAAAUGAAAAGAAUGGCUCAGAAAACUCAGAAACCACCACAGAAACCAGCCCCCACAGUUGUUUCUGUAGCUCCAGCUGUUAAAGAUCCAUUGGUUAAGAAACCAGAAACUAAACUCAAACCAGAGACAACUUUUCUAGCAUUUAAGAGAUCAGAAGUCAAGGCAUCCACGGUUGUUUCAGGAAAUUCUUCUAGCACCAAUGUUUCCUCUUCAGCAACUAGUGGCCUAAUUGGAUGGGCAGCUUUUGCAGCCAAAACUACUUCUUCUGGUCCGUCAACAGCAAAAUUGAGUUCAGCAGCCCAAAACAAUAGCGGGAAACCUGCUACCUCUUCUGCUAACCAGAAGCCCGUGGGUUUGACUGGUCUGGCAACAACAUCCAAAGGGGGACUAGGUUCCAAAAUAGGUUCCAAUAACAGCACUUCACCCACUGUACCAUUGAAACCACCUCCACCUCUCACUCUAGGCAAAACUGGCCUUAGUCGCUCAGUUAGUUGUGACAAUGUUAGCAAAGUAGGUCUUCCCAGUCCAAGUAGUUUGGUUCCAGGAAGCAGCAGCCAGCUCAGUGGGAAUGGAAAUAGUGGGACAUCAGGGCCUAGUGGAAAUAGCACUAACAAAACCACUUCCGAAUCGAGCAGCUCUCCGUCGACAUCCCUUAAAGGUCCAACUUCACAAGAAUCACAACUCAAUGCCAUGAAGCGAUUACAAAUGGUCAAGAAGAAGGCUGCCCAAAAGAAACUCAAGAAGUAAUGUGGCCAAGUAGGUUUUUAUAUCAUAUUACCCUAAAGAUUAAAAUCUUAUUAAGAUAUAAACUGUAAUAUACUAUAAUUUAAUAAAAACCUUCAUAAUGAAA